CCGAAUGUCUGUCGUCGUCGUCGUCGGGGGUCAAUUUAAAUUCAAUCAACGACAACGCACUUCAGAGAUGCUACAAAACAGAACGGAACUGGUCCCUUCCAUUCUUGAUUUGGCUUGCGUCGUCCUGACGGUCGUUUGAGAGGAGGCGGCUCCAGUUGUGGUAGUAGUUUCAAAUUAGUUUUGGACCUUAGGGAGAAUUUCAGUUCAUUCAUGAUAUCGCUCGCGGCAAGUAACGUGCGUUCCGGGGAAUCGCUUCAAUUUAAUGCACCACCGAAUCUCCGUACCUAAUCCAGUUUCCAUCGAGCAGCGGCAAAGGUGCAAGAAACAAAGUGUCUAUGCAAAUUAAUUACCCGAACUAAUCAUGAAGAAAGGCACGUUCCGCCAUUCGUUAGCGACAAUCCAGCCAACGCGGCCAAAGAUUCGAAUGGGAUUGCCCGCGACAACGACAACGCUCCUAGCUCUGUUCGGGACGAUUCUUUCGAUGUCGUCGCAAAUAUUUGCGGACCAGCUGCUGCCGCCGGGGGUAAUUCCGUUUCCGGUGCAGCGGCACAUCCAGGAACAGCCCUCGCAUCAGCUGCAGCAGGACAUAAUGGACUUUAUCGAUCUGGUUCCGUUCGACGAUGUGCACUCGCUGAUGCAGUACUACUAUCACUACGAUCCUGAGGUGGAAAGUGCCUUCGAUUACGUUAGCAGCGAAGACUAUUCGCAAAUAAAGGUGGAAAUUAUGAAGCUGAACGAGGUGCGAGAUUUUCGGCGCUAUCUGGACGGAAUCGGGUUCAGCGUCGAGGUGGUCUGGAAGGAACUCACCGAGCGGUUUCAGGUUGAUGACAUCUUUGCGGAACCGGACGAUUCCAUUCGCAGCUUAAACCUAACAACUCACGGACUUAACGGAAUGGUUGACGAUAUCCUGGCGCUGCUACCUCAGGAUGAGAUUAUUCUGCUGUUUUUCGACAAGCUGGAGACGAGUAAUGAUUUUUCUUACUUUUUCGAACAGAUUGGAAGUGGAGAAUUUGAAAACGUUCUCAAUAUGCUUCAGAGUUCCCAGCAGCUUAGGACUCUACUUUGGAGACUACAGAGACAUGGUUUCGAUAUUCCCGGCUGGAUACAACAAAUUCAAAGCCUCUGGAAUGUCAACGUCUUCACCGAAUCACUAAUAGGUUCAUAUGUUGUCGAGAUUAAUUGCGCGGAUGUGGAAACGACAAUUGUGGCUUCCCCAGCUGGACAAACAACCUUCCGAUUGAUGAUGACAAUUGUCAACAAAUUGAUUGCAGCCCGUAGGGUGAUAUUAAGAUAUUAAACGGUGACCACAAUACGAACAGAAGUGUAAUUGUCAAAUUAAUCAAGUGGGUUUAAAUUGACAAACACUUUUAAGUGCUUAGCGUUGAUUGCUCAAUCAAUAUUAAAUGUAAAAAGAUUUGGUCUAAAUCAAGAUAAAAAAUGACUUUUCUCAAAACCGU